CAAACUUAUCAGGUUACCAUGGGCACUCUAACAGUUUCUAUUCUCCUUGCAAUCCUCAGCGCACAGGCCUACGCUCAGACCAAAGACUACUGUGCAUCUUACUUAUGUCCAAACGGGGAGAAAAAUAUUGGUUGCGGAACUAAAAACGCUUUUGCUGCGACAUGUCCCAGAGAUGCUAAACUAGCUACGCCAGGCGACUUCAAGAAGGUCAUUCUAGAUCAACAUAAUGCGAUUCGGAAUCAGGUUGCAAUGGGUAACUUAACUGGAUUUGAAUCCGGAAUGCGAUUGGCUACUUUGCAAUGGGACAGUGAACUAGAAAAACUAGCAAGUAUUCAGGCAAAGCAAUGUGUUGCUGAGAAGGAUGAGUGCCGCAAUACCGAUAGGUUUAAUAGUGUAGGCCAGAACUUCUAUAGUGCAAAUCGAACCACAACCAAGUACAAUGUCACCGGGGUAAUUGUGGAAGCAAUUAAUUCGUGGUUCAGUGAAUAUGAAACGUUCGAUAAUGCAACAAUAGCCAAUUACACAGCCGAUAACUCCACUAGCGACUUUGCGCAACUCAUCACAGCCCAAGCGACAUAUGUUGGCUGUUCUAUGGUUCAGUAUACAGAGGCUACUAGGAUAGUGGUAAAUCUGUUUUGCGACUACAGUUCGGAACCUAAAGAGGGGCAGGCAGUAUAUCAACAAGGAUGUCCAGCAGCUCAGUGCGUGAAAGGAAGGAAUCCAACCUAUCAUGGACUUUGUGCCGUAACAGAACCAAUAGAUCCUAAUUAUGGUGAUUAGUAAUGGAAUGAUUUACAUUUGAUUUUAUUUUACAUAAAUAAUUAAACGCUGGCUUUGGGAUGAUUAA